AUUUCCAAUAAAAAAAUGUGUUUGAACUUUUCAUGAAGAGUAUUUAGUAGCAUAGUUAGCAUUAGUUUCUUAAAUCCUCAAACUAUUAGGAUUUCCUUUGGGGAUUCCAAAACUCAAACCAUAUCAAAAUAAUCACCAUGGUUAAUUUCCCAUCUUUUGUAAACGGAUUGGCAAGAACUAUGUCAAUAAAAAAAGACAAGAAUUUCCAAAAGGAUGAUGCAAGAAAAGCAGUGGAAGAAUUGGCAAAAGAAGCAAGGAAGAAUGAAUUGUUAUUGAGUUCUUCUGGAGUUGUUAAGUCCAACAAAGACAACAGUUUUGUUUCUGUUUUUACACAUAGAGGCCAAAAAGGAGUCAACCAAGAUCGUCUUAUUGUUUGGGAGGAAUUUGGUUGCCAACAAGACAUGAUGUUUUGUGGAGUUUUUGAUGGGCAUGGUCCUUGGGGACACUUUGUAGCUAAAAGGGUGAGGAAAUUAGUUCCAUCUCUUUUGCUAUGCAAUUGGCAACGAAACCUUGCUGCAACAUCAAUUGACUUAGGUUUUAAGGUUGAAGAAAACAAAAAUGUUCAUGGAUUAAACUUAUGGGAACAAUCAUAUUUAAAGACUUUUGCUGCAGUUGACCAAGAUCUAAAGCAUCAUCCUCGAAUUGAUUCUUUUCGAAGUGGCUCAACUGCCUUGACAAUGAUCAAACAGGGUGAAAACCUUAUUAUAUCGAAUGUGGGCGAUUCAAGACUUGUGUUGGCGACCACUUCAGAAGAUGGCACAUUACUUGCACUUCAGCUAACCACUGACUUCAAACCAAAUUUACCAAAGGAGGCAGAGAGGAUAGAAGAAUCGAAAGGACGUGUAUUUUGUAUGAAAGAUGAACCAGGAGUGUACAGAGUUUGGAUGCCAAAUGGUAAAACACCAGGGUUAGCAAUAUCAAGAGCAUUUGGUGACUAUUGUAUGAAAGAGUAUGGUUUAAUCUCUGUGCCAGAAGUGACACAUAGAAAACUUACCACUAGGGAUCAAUUUAUCAUCUUAGCAACUGAUGGGGUUUGGGAUGUUGUAUCAAACCAAGAGGCAGUGAAUAUUGUUUGUGCAUCGGCAGAUAAAGAAAAAGCAAGUGAAAGGGUUGUGAAAUAUGCAAUACGUGAAUGGAAAAGAAAGAGAAGUGGUAUUGCUAUGGAUGAUAUGUCUGUAAUUUGUCUCUUUUUUCAUCACUCUUACCCCUCUCAUCACAUUCAUGCUACUAAACUUGUAGAUUGAGAAGCAAUCCUUUUAUAUAUGACACAGAAUGGGACUUGUAGUAGUAUAAACUACAAACUUGUAUAAAUUAAGAUGUUAUGUAUAUAGAGUAGAGACUACUAUUUAAAAUGUAAGUGAGACUCCUAAA